UCCAAGGAUGUCAUAAGCAGCAUGCAUCAAUCGGGCAGAAUGGCCAAAAUGAAGGCCUUGGAGCCAUUGGAUCUGCCAUGAAGGAUCUGGAUGGGCAGAGCGAUGGAGGUCGCUCCGCCAGAUCCUGUUUGAGUGGCUCCGCGCGAGUGCGCAAACUCUACACUCUCCGUCGAGCCGAGCAAGAUCUGAUGCACGAGCCAAGCCAGAAAGUGCCUGCGACAAAGCCUCGCGCCGCCUGGACGGAUCAUGCACCUGUGUGGUUGGCAGAUGAUUUCCUCGCACCAACAGACCGCUACAUCUUCGGGGAGGCAGAUCGGGCCCCACCGGAACUCAACGAGGAUCCCCCGGAUCGCUCUCUGAUGACCCAUCGCGACUUCAUUGCCUCGCGGGAGCGACGAAACGCCCAGGAGAACCGUGAACGCUUCGGCGAGUUCCUGGCGAAAUCCCGGGAUUUUACCCGUUUGCCGCGCAGGAGGAGAAUCCAGCUUCUGGAAAGUUUGGAAAAGGAUGAGAUCUCUUCCUGGCCUGGAACCGACUCCUUUCGACGCCAAGAACUGCGGCCCAUGCGCCACGUCAACGUGCAGCGCGCACGCUGUGAAUGGACGAUUCGGCGGACUCCACAGCAAAUCUCCGCUCCGAAGGAUGAGACGAGUUCAGCAGGUCCGAUUCGUCCCCCAGAAGUGGAGAUGCUAAUUUCCUGUGGUCCUGGGGAGAUCUUUCCAGAGAACGUCAAUGCUUUGAAAAAAGCAGUGAGAAUAUUGGGUAAACCAGAAGCACCUGAGAGGCCUCCCAGUGAAAGCUGGUGGGUGCAAAAGAGAAGCAAAGAAGAGGAGGCCCUUAAAAGCAAGAAGGUGACAGCGUUGAUCGAGGAGCUGGGUCAAAUGGUCGCAUCAACUUUUCUGGACGAGGAUGAUGCCACGCACUUGGCGCAUUUGGGGCGGGCAUUGGAGGAGCAUUGCUACAAACUACGCCUGAAGCAGCUCAUCCCUGCCUUACUGCUGCUGAGUCGCGCCUGGAAGAUCCUGAAGGCUGAGGCAGAGCCAGCUGUGGAGCAUACCCUCAUUGUGAGGGAACACUGGCGACGGAUGAGCAAGGAGUUGCAGAUCUCCGCAAAUUUCAUGGCAGAGGCGGUGUCGGCCAACUCUCGCACUGCCCACCUGCCAAUGGUGACAGCAGCCUUGCAGGCCUUGGCUGAAUCUGAGACCUGCUGCCAGGAACGGCUUGAUGCUCAACUGGCACGGCUCAAGGAGCUCUUUCGCAAAGAGUCCAUUUGCUCCAAAGACCUUGCGAAGAUCGCUGGUGCAGUGGGAACGGCACGACUGGCAGGAGCCUACAGCAGUCAGGGCUUCUUGGAAUACUUCAACGCUGUCUUGCUGGAGCACCUCAUUGAGUUCCGAGAGGAGGAGUUCCACAGCAUGGGCUGGGUCUUUCCAACCGCUUGCAUGACCGGCAAUGAGCUCCAGCAGGUCUUAGCCCGUGCGGCUGAGAUCCAGGUGGGCUUGCUUCCGAACAGUGCGCACUGCCUGGGUAUGAUGCGAAACGUUGCAGACUUUGUGGUUCUGAGGGCACCUCAGCUCCACGCGUCCCUGAACGGCUUCCUACAGCUCUACUGUCAGAAGUUACGCUCGGAGAUCGAGAUCGACAGCUGAAGGCCUUGGCCAAGCCGUGCAUGUUGAAAUGGUAAGGUUUUCCGCUCAGAAAAAGUGUUUUGAAAGGGCGCUUGAUUCGCCCGAGACUUCCGCCUGCGGGCGGCAUCCCUUUUUCUGGGCUCGGCCCAGCAACGUGAAGAAACC